AUGAUGCGAAUGUCAUAUAAAGAUUUUAAAUACAUACUUCAAGAGAUUGCAUCGCUCAUUACUCCACAGAGAAUCAACGGAGGGCAAAGAGUAAUUUCCCCAGAAAGAUUAACAUUAACUUUAAGAUUCCUGGCCACAGGUGAAACAUUCCGAAGUAUGAGCUUCCAGUUCAGAGUAUGUGUGCCUGCAAUAUCAUACAUUAUUAAAGAAGUUGGCAAGGCCAUAAUUAAGCAUCUUGGACCAAAAUUUUUCAAAGUUCCCUCAACCAAUGAGCAAUGGCUUGAAAUAGCUUCUAAGUUUGAAGAAAGGUGGAACUAUCCAAAUUGUAUUGGAGCUAUAGAUGGGAAGCACAUUGUGAUGCAGCCACCUGCGAAUGUGGGCUCCUAUUACUACAACUAUAAGCAUACUCAUUCCAUUGUACUCAUGGCUAUAGCUGGACCUGAUUAUGAAUGCAUCUAUGCUGAUGUUGGAACAAAUGGAAGAGUUUCGGAUGGUGGAGUCUGUAAUGAUUGUGCCUCUUGUCUUUAUUAG